CCUUUUCCAAAAUUCCAAACAGACCCUAAAAAAGAAGCAACUACCCCGCGCCCGUCGCCCGCACCAGAUAGUCAAUCAUCUUGAACCAUUCCCCAAGUCAUCUCUCUAUCUCCUUAUCAAAAAAAUCUAUCUAUCUAUAUAUCCCCCAUCUUCGGCUGUGGUCGCUUCUCGAUCUCUACUCCUACAGUGCUACCUCUCACUGCUACUACUACCGUUCAGGCGCAAAAUGGGCAGAAAAUUCUUCGUCGGUGGCAACUGGAAAUGCAACGGAACAACUGAGGAGGUGAAGAAGAUCGUUACCACUUUGAAUGAAGCUGAAGUUCCUUCUGAAGAUGUCGUGGAGGUGGUGGUAAGCCCUCCGUUUGUGUUUCUUCCUGUGGUAAAAAAUUUACUGCGGCCUGAUUUCCAAAUUGCUGCACAAAAUUGUUGGGUUCGGAAAGGAGGUGCUUUUACCGGUGAAGUUAGUGCUGAGAUGCUCCUCAACUUGGGCAUUCCAUGGGUCAUUCUUGGUCAUUCUGAAAGAAGGCUGAUACUGAAUGAAUCAAACGAGUUCGUUGGAGAUAAAGUUGCAUAUGCACUUUCACUAGGCUUGAAAGUAAUCGCUUGUGUUGGGGAGACCCUUGAGCAAAGAGAAUCAGGAUCUACAAUGGCUGUGGUUGCUGCACAAACAAAAGCAAUCGCUGAGCGCAUAACAAAUUGGCCUAAUGUUGUUGUUGCAUACGAGCCGGUUUGGGCCAUUGGAACUGGAAAGGUUGCAACCCCUGCUCAGGCUCAGGAAGUCCAUUUUGAAUUGCGGAAAUGGCUUAAGGACAAUGUCAGUGAUGAAGUUGCUACAUCAACCCGAAUUAUAUAUGGAGGCUCUGUGAAUGGAGCAAACUGCAAAGAACUUGCAGCAAAGCCAGACGUGGAUGGAUUUUUGGUGGGUGGAGCUUCCCUGAAGGCGGAGUUCAUUGACAUCAUCAAGUCUGCGACUGUGAAGAAGAAUGUUUGAUAUAUGAAACCAGGUGGCGGUAAUGCCAUCCUUAUAGCUUCUCCCUAGAAAAGCUUUUUGAGCAACUUGAGUAAUAAUCUUCUGGUUGUCCCCGGAGUAAACUUUUAAUCAGAGGUGUUCCAUGUUAAAUGAAUCAGAGAUCUUCCCUUAUUGUAGUUGCUCCGUGUGUUCAAAUUUGAGUAGUAUUUGUUUUUCUUUUUUCUUUUGAUGUGAUGAGGAUUUUAUUUACACCAUGGACAAGUUUUCUAUGGCGAUAUUUGGAUAUUUGGAUGUUUGAUGGGAAAAAGGAAAUUUAAACUA